GUGGCUUCAGCUGCAGGUUACUUCUGAGAAGAGACUCAACCCUUCUUCUCUAAUUCUCUCUCUAGGACUGGGAAUGAACAACUGGAGUCCACUUCUUCCUACAUUUCCUUGCUUGUAGGAGCUUCUCAAACAUGUUAUUUCACCUACAGUUGAUGGAAACACACAUUCUGACACAGGAGAAGUGAAGUGGUGAAUAAUGUGAGAGAUUACACUUUAUAAAGUGCAGCAGGCAUGAAUCUAUCUACACUAUGAGCAUGGUGUCUCUGAUCCUAGUAGACACAGCAGUUUUGGAUCCAAACGUCCAAGACACUGAGGCAUUGAAUGGGAGGAUGGGUGCGGAGAGUCGGUUCACUAAAAAGCGAUGGGCUCUUACAGUGAUCGGACUGGUCCUGUACAUAGGAGACAUUGGCACUGAUUUUUUCCUGGGAGCCAAGUAUCUGCGAGAUGGACACAUCGUCUGGGGCACACUGACGUUCCUGUUUGUGCUGUGUGCAUCCGUAUGCACACAGACAUUCAGCUACAGGUGGUUUAACGAUGACAAGAAUGACACAGAGGAGUCCUGGGAACUCAUCACCGGGCUUCACAUCAUGCAGAUGGGAAUCUUCACCAGGUAUUUCAAACUGCUGAAGAAAAGCUUCCAAGUGGUCGUCAACAAUGACGAGGGGAGCCACCUCAUGCUGUUUCACCUGGCCACGGAUCUGAGCAUGCUCCGUCUGUUCGAGGCCUUCUUGGAGAGUGUGCCACAGCUCCUGCUGCAGCUCUACAUCCUCCUCCUGGGCCACGGACACGCCUCAGCCCUGCAGUAUAUCACCAUGGUUGCGUCCUUCCUCAACGUUGCCUGGGCCUUGGUGGACUACCAGCGCUGCCUCAGAAGGUCUCUCACAGACCUAAAGGAGAUGCAAUCUGGUCUGCCCACUGUAGUUUACCUACUCUACAAGCUGUUCACCAUCAGCACUCGGGUCUUCAGCUUCAGUCUCCUCCUCGCGUUGAGUCCCCUCAGCAUGUUCUUCAUGGCCCUGGUGUGGUUAUUGGGCACGGCUUGGGCUUUUGUUCUCCGCACGGACUUUUGCACCACCACAGCUCUUGAGGUGAUGUAUCGCACCAUCGUCGGGGUCAUCCUGGUCUUCACCUUCUUCAACGUCAAAGGACAGAACACAAGAGUGUCCAUGAUGGUGUACUACUUGUUCUACGUCUUGGUAAACCUCUCCGCUCCCCUCCUCCUGUACGUGUUUAAACCAGACGUCCUGAGGUAUGAGUAUGGCACCACGGCCAUCGUGACGGGCCUGUGCAUAGGACUGGGCCUACUGUGUCUCUACUAUAGGUUCUGCCACCCGCGGAAAGCGAUAGAAGUGCAGCUCAAUGACCAAGUGGAUGGGAUGGAGGGACAGGAGGCGGGGUCAGACACGUCAUCACGAAUGGGACUCUUUCUACAGAUCUGAUAGGCUUUGAUGUUUUUCUAAGUACUUUAAGUCACUGUGACUGUUAUUUGGUUGAAGGAAUGUGCAAUUAUUUAUAUUACAAACAUUUUCCCUGCAUUUGAACUUUUUAAGCAUACUCACUAAGCUACUCAGACUAGUGAAGGCAUUUUUCUUCUGGAGUAUGUGACUGAUAUGACUGUUUAUGACGGGGCUGAAGGACUUCGGCAUUAUUCAUAUUAGUUACAUUUCACAUGGAUUUUAAUAUAACUGAGCUUCUGUGACCAAUUAAGACUAACACAAAUACUAUAUCACUUAGUUUCACUUUAAAUAUGUGCUUCAAUACAUUUCUGUGCUUCUGGGUUAUAGGCAGAUAGAUUUUAGAUCCCAUGAUCUCAACAUCUAGUGCAUUGGUGGUUAUUCCCAACCAUUGCAAAACACUGGACAGGUGAUUCCACUAGUGAACACUAGGUGGCGGCAUUGUUUAAAGUCAACAUUUAUAGUCAGAAGUUUCAGUCACCUUCCCAGAGAGAUAAGUCAGAUUUAGUUGCUCAACACUCAUUCUAUAAAUGUGACAGAAGUUUUGCAUGGAUUUAUAGUUUGAUUGGUUUAUUCUAUGUAAAGGAAAUACAUUUUAGUUCUUAUUUAUUUGUUCUUCUUCAGUCAGUAUCAUAACUGUAUAUUAAUGUACGGCUCCAAAAUAGAGGUAUUCUACAGUGUUGAAUGUGUGAACUGUCAUGACUUUAUAACCUCUGAAUGGCCCAACAAAUUAAACUAACCAAAGAGUGAA